UCACCAGCUGUCAACCUCACCGCACGUCACUGUUAUCCAUGUCGCAUAUAUUAACCAAUAUAUAACUGACUGAUCCAUCUCUGGCUGCCAUGUUUCAUACAGGACUAAAGAAAUCUUAAAAACUGUGCUGACUUCUCGCUGUUACCAUAGCAACAUCGGGAUAAUUGCACCAACACGCAGCCAUGACUGUCAAACUGCUCAGCAGCCAAUUACAGAAAACUGUUUGACAGGCUUCCUGCUGCGGAUUCCUCAAGUCGCCCCUCAGACCGGGGCUCAAACACCUGCAGGAGUGUUUGGAGCGGACACACGGCUUCCAUCACGUGAGUCGGCGGACCACGCUGCAUCCUCCAGCUGCUUCUAAAGCAGCGAACCUUUUGAUGAAUGUCACGUGAUAGGACUUGCGCCGCUCAGUGCGGAGCUGCUGCUGGUUCUGCAGACACACUCUAGUGCCAGUUGUUAUACAGUGUGUCUGCAAUGCGUCGAAGCCCCCUCCUCUCCUCUUCAUCGCUCCCCUCAUUCACUCCUCCCCCCUCCUUCACUCACUUUUUUCUCUUUGCAUGAAAUCUAGCAAUAUUCUUCUAAAUGCCCACAAUCAGGUCCUGUAUGUGGCGCCUACAGUGCCGGAUCCUAAACGUGUUUUCCUUUAAAGCCCCUGCAUUAUCAUUAAUAUUUUUACCGCAGCAAAAAACGGGAGAGUCGGUGUUGCUGCUGCAGUGUCCAGUACUCCCAGUCAUCUCUGUCAGACUUGGCGCCUGAUCUAGCUUGUUUUUAUAAUCUUUCUACUCCGUUAUUUCCAGCAUGAUUUUAACAAGCUGUCCGUCAGGAUUUCUGCUGCUGAGCCGCGGUUCACAGCCGUCUGAAGCCUCCUCUUCCUGCUGCGGGCUGCUCCGAUCGACGCUGAAAACCUACACCGAGAGGAUACGGAUGUUGCCCAAGACAACAUAGUCUAUUAAUAUUUCAGAAAUACGGUAAAGCGAUAUCAGUAUUAAACUCAAGUUGUGGUGGGUGGCCGCGGAGAACGGUGCGCACGGUGAGGGCAUUCCUUCCAUCUGGAGAUCUCCAACUCAGCGAAGGUGCCGGAUGAAGCGCUCCUGAGAGAAAGAUGUUUAGCUUGGAGAUCAUGGUGGUAGAGAGGGAGGCUCUGCACAGCUGCUGGCCUCAGUAGGAGAUCCUUCACACCAACCCGCCUCCUCCCUUCUUCACAGCGCUUCCCCUUCCUGUCUUUCACCCACCAGGAAAGAUGACUGUGGUGUCCACAGAAAACAUGGACGAGACCUCCACCCUGCCCGGUCACCCACAGGACCCCUACCUGCCCAAUGACGACCACAAUGACCAUGACUGCUGUGAGCGGGUGGUCAUCAACAUCUCGGGGCUGCGCUUCGAGACCCAACUUAAGACCCUUUCCCAGUUCCCGGAUACUCUCCUCGGGAACCCCAAGAAGAGGAUGCGCUACUUUGACCCCCUACGAAACGAGUAUUUCUUUGACCGGAAUCGUCCGAGUUUUGACGCCAUCCUGUAUUAUUACCAAUCUGGGGGGCGACUAAGAAGACCAGUUAAUGUGCCCCUAGAUAUGUUCUCAGAGGAGAUAAAGUUUUAUGAACUCGGCGCUGAGGCUAUGGAGAAAUUUAGGGAGGAUGAGGGGUUUAUUCGGGAGGAGGAGCGACCUUUGCCAGAAAAGGAGUUUCAGCGGCAAAUCUGGCUCCUCUUUGAGCAUCCAGAGAGCUCUGGUCCAGCCCGGGGUAUCGCCAUCAUCUCAGUGAUGGUUAUUCUUAUUUCAAUAGUCAUAUUUUGUUUAGAGACACUGCCAGAUCUGAAGGAGGAUUCCAGCAACCUGAUGCAAAUUGUGGGGAACACCACCGUGUUUUACAAACCAAAUGUUUUCACAGACCCUUUCUUUGUGGUGGAGACGCUCUGCAUCAUCUGGUUUUCCUUUGAGUUGAUAGUUCGGUUUUUUGCUUGUCCCAGCAAGGCGGCAUUCUUUAAAAACAUGAUGAACACUAUUGACAUUGUGGCUAUCGUCCCAUAUUUCAUCACACUUGGCACAGAACUGGCUGACGAUGAAGGCAACGGGGAGGGUAAGGGAGGAGGGGAACAGGCCACGUCUCUGGCUAUUCUCAGGGUAAUCCGUCUGGUCAGGGUGUUCAGGAUCUUUAAACUGUCCCGACACUCCAAGGGGCUCCAGAUUUUGGGACAAACUUUAAAGGCGAGCAUGCGGGAGUUGGGUUUGCUCAUUUUCUUCCUCUUUAUUGGUGUGAUUUUGUUUUCGAGUGCUGUUUACUUUGCUGAGGCAGAGGAGUCGAAGUCAUAUUUCAAAAGCAUCCCAGAAGCUUUCUGGUGGGCUGUGGUAUCGAUGACAACCGUUGGCUAUGGGGACAUGUAUCCUGUGACCAUUGGAGGAAAGAUCGUGGGUUCGCUGUGCGCCAUCGCUGGAGUAUUAACCAUCGCUCUGCCGGUGCCGGUCAUCGUGUCCAACUUCAACUACUUCUACCACAGAGAGACAGAAGGCGAGGAGCAAGCCCAACUGCUCAAUGUCAGCAACCAGAACUUGGAGUCCGACACCAACUCGAGCCGCCGCAGUUCCUCAAUGAUCAGCAAGUCAGAGUACAUGGAGAUAGACGAGGAUAUGAACAACAGCAUUGAUAACUUUAGGGAAGCCAACCUUAGGACUGCCAACUGUACGGCCCCCAGCCAGAACUGUGUGAACAAGGGGAAGCUACUCACGGACGUGUGAGAUGGCGUCCAACACACCACUGCACUUUAUCUGAAACAAACAGGAAGUCUGCCGAACCAUGUGGAGGAUUUUCUGUGUUGCUGCUGCUAUAGUUCGGCUGGAGGCUCCCUGUACGAUGCCAUGCAACACUCCUUUAUAUAAAAGCAUGUGGAGACUCUCUUCUCUCUUACAGUAUAUCGGCAUGCACAAGGUGUUACCUCAUUUUUAUUUUUUACACUUUUUUCUUUGACCCUCAUCUUUUCUUCCUGGACCUUUUUCUCUCAUAUGUUUUCACCAAAAGUGCACAGGCUAUUAUUAUUGUUUCAAAGAAUUUAUGUGUUGAAUGUUAAAGCAUUAAGGGAACAAGAACACCUCUUUUUCAACGAUCUUUCAAAGAUCACAGCAUGUCAAAAUACUAAAGCAUUAUGGCCUAAUUAGCUAAGGUAUAGCUACCUAUAUUCAAUGCAUGACGCCAGUAUUAAAUUGCUUGCAGUUGUGGAGGGACCUUGAGAGCUUGAGGGUGGUGAUGAUGCUCUUAAUUUUUAUAAAGGUAACGACGGGAUGCACACUGGAGCUACUGCUCAAAGGAACAAAACAGCUAAAAAAAAAAUCUGAAGAGACAUAUCUGAUGAUAUCUUUAAAAAAAAAAAAGACAUUUCAGAAAUGACACUGUCCUUUUUAAUUUAUUUAAAGCCUUGAUCUUUGAUGACGGAGUGCAUGGGAUCAUUUUAUGUCAUUUGUGACCCUUCUGUUUUGAAUUUCAAACCGUUUCUAGAAGGAAAGCAGUAACAUUUAACAAAUUUCACAGAUAUAUCUAAAAUUAGUUUCUAGUGCCUUGAACCCCGUCUUAUGAUAGAAUUGAUGAAAGUGCCUCCCUUACUAUGUGCAGCUUAUCUUCUCCUGCCAUAAAGAUGCACUACCCCCUGCACAUCUGGAAAAGAAAAGGGUUAUAGAUUAAGAUGCUUAGAAAAAGCUAUGAAUAUAUUCCUUAUCCUCAGGCCAGAUUUACUGGGCCUACGUAAACUCUCAGUCAGUUGUUGGGUGAUGGCACACGGCUGCAGUGCACAAUUAGCAUGACAGCUAAGUUCAAAUAAGAUAGGAACUAACAGGUUUUGUUAUACAUGCUGGUAUCUGAGUUUGACAUUGCCAUACUUGUUUCAUGCUAAGUUAGAACGCAGGAGGAGCCUGUAAACGGACAUGUACAUCACCCUGUGGCUGCACAAAACACUGCUGCCUUUUGAUACCCAGGACUGAAACCUCUGCUGACAGUUACAUCUGCUCCCUCUAAAAAACAUGGACAAAACCUGCUUUUGAAAUCUGGACAAAGUGAGAAAGAUUACAUGAGGGGUGAUUAAUGACAGUGAAGCAUCCAAAAGUACUGACUCACUCUGAUCUGGCCAGAAGGUGGGGCCCAAAUGUUUGGUUCUUCAUGUAUAAAGAUUUGUAUCGUCUUAAAUGUAAGAUUAUAUUAUGCACUCAAAACUCUUUGCACUAAAGUGUUAAUCCUCUGUGCUACAUGUUUUUAUGGACCCCACAAAUCCAAAUUUCUCCCCAUCUCACUGUUGACACCUGAAACAAUCAGUCUCACGCUAAAGUGUUAAGUUCUCAGAUUAUUGUAUCAUAAACUGAAUCAGUGCUUGGCUGGAAUUUCUGCAUUUUUACAUUGUUGGAUCAGUGUUUUCCAAACCACUGGUUAGUGGAAUAUUUAAAACUAGAAAAUAUCACCUGUCAUGAUCAUUUCUGCCUUCGCAGAAAGAGAUCCGAACAGAGUCUCCAAUUCAGGCCAAACCUUUUGUUUCCCUGGUCAGAUCACUCUCAACACAGCGACAUUUGAGGGGUUGGUUCCUAAUAUUGAUGCUUUGUUUUUUAAUUCUUUGAUUUGCAUUUGCGACCCGGUCCCGGAUAAGCGGAAGAAAAUGGAUGGAUGGAUGGAUGGAUGGAUGGAUGAUUUGCAUUAUAGCAGCUAUGUGACGUUGCAUCGCAGUACUGUUGCAUCAGUUUACACUCAAAACUACUUGUUGCAACUUUGGAGCUGAUCCCUGUAUCUUCUCUUAUAAGGACCUGAAAACCCUCCACAUCUACCUACAAGGUGUUCCCACUUAUUCUGGGUGACCCCCUCUCAGGCCUGUGUGGCUGUGGCACUACUCUGUCACUAUUUUACAGUAAGUGAACUACUUACAGGGCCAUGCCUUGUAGUGCAGUCAGACCAAAAUCUGCUUUGUGACAUACAUUCACAUAAUGUGGCCAAAGGCAGGAGGCGACAAGAAACAGCAUGCAAAUGGUUGCAGACCUGCUGGAGCCAACGUGGCUAACAGGUAAUGAGCAGCCUCUGUCACAGCCACUACAGCCAGGCAGCAUCUCUCCUGCACCUGCAGUUGCAGUUGCCCUUCAAACACUGGGAUUAUAGGUGACUUGUGUCUCACGUUCCUGUGCAAAGAAUGGAAGUGAAUUUGGAGGAGUGCACCUUCACUGGGACACUCGAUGUAACUGAGCCAUAACUGAGUGAGAAUUUCCUGCUGUGACAAGUCUCACUGUCGGCGGUAAAAAGAAAAAGAUGCCUUUGUUACACUGAGUUUGGGCCCAACCUCACCCAAAGAACACAUCUAAUCAAUCAAGAGUUAUUGAUAGCAUCUGCCUGUCGUAGCUCUCCAACAGAACCCCAGAGAUCCCAAAUGGAGUUUUAAUUUAUUAUCGUUCUGAUUUUUUAUUAUUGUUUGACAAGAUGUUGCUAUGAUUGAACACCCUAAUAUAAACAGGGAAUGUAUUAUCAUUAAGCCUCCAAUCAGGAUCUAGUUUAGUGCUGAAAGGUUACAUAUUCUUUUGCGUGCGCUACAUACGUUGUGCACAAAAUCGAUUUUGUUCCAUAUCUUGGGCAAACAACAGCAUUGUUUGGGAACAUAAUCGCUGCAGAUAAAGAACUGAACUAUAACUUAUUGUAAGGGCAGCAGGUGACUGUGCACACUCGAUAAAUGAUCUUGGAAACAAAUGAUAACCUUGUGGGAUAUUACUUUUUAGUUAACAUGAUCAUUUGAGUGUGUGUGCAACACACAUCUUACACGUUUGUACACACAAAAUUACAAUUGGUGUGCAGGGCGUUAGUUGUUUUACAUCGUUUUUAUCUUGUGGCACCAGUGACAUUUUUCUACCAGAUUCUGAUCACCUCUCCUUUGUUAGCAGGAUGAUCUCUUUUAUGUGGAAGAUUAUAAUUUGUGCACACAAUAAAUUAGCCUGAACACAAAUUACAACCUUGUUCACACAAACUCUCCAGAUAAUGAUACAUUUCUUGUUUGUGCAGCAAAAUCUUUUAUGCAAGAAACAUAGGUUAAAGGAGGUGACAGGGGACAGAGGAUGGAGGAGUUCUUUGAUGAAGUGAGGAGCAAAUUAAGAGCUAGUGAGAACAAGGAGGUUCAACCAACCGGCACAUCUGUUGUUUGGUCCGGUUUUGUGCAGACUGAUGACAAAAGUGACAAAAAAAGUCACCGCAGUAAAGUGCAAAUUAUGUUUCAGUUUUUUUUAUAUCACAACAAAUUAGUCAUCACAUGAACUCAUGCCAUAAGUGAGGAGAUCAUUCAGAGAUUUUAUUCUUAAAUAACAAAAUAAUGCAAGUCAGACAAGGAUGCAACUUAAGUCAAGCCUUUUAUUCCCAGAAAUCCUGUUUCCAAGUUAUCCAUUUAAUUAGUAGUUUUUAUUAAACGGAUAAAAACACAUUUUGCCUUUUUAUUGUCUGGCAAGUUACAGCAUGUUUUAUUGUUGCAGGAGCUGGAAACGGAACUUUGUGUUUCUAUUAUAUGAUUUCAUAUUACAUUACAUUGCUGCACUUUUCCAUUGCUCCUGUUUGUUACUUGAUCUAAUUAGCCAUCAGUGUGACCUUUGUGUCUAAUUGUUGGGGUCUCUAAUUUAUGCACGCCGGGUUCAGGUCUGUUUACCGUGGUCUGUAUUGGGUUGGGCCUAAAUUACUGGACCUAUGAAGACCUCUAGUGUGAACAUCUUGUGAGCGUGAGUGUGCACACACACGUAUCAUCAUUGGAGACCCUCUGGACUUUGUAGUUCCAUCUUUAAGCUCCAGAACAAACUAAGCUGCAUGUGUAGUUUCACUACCAUCUGCCUUCAGCUCGCCGCUGUCUGUUCUCUGAGGAGUUCACAGUGCACGUGUGCAGCAGCCGUGUGUCAGCACUCUGGUUGGUCAAAGCCUGUUUCUCAAACUUGAGAAAACCCUUUAACAUUUCAGUCUGAAGAAAACAUGAAUAAAAGCUAUAAACGGUGCUAUGUGUUAAACAUGCAGUCGGUCCUGUGGAACAAAAUUACAAACCUCACAACUUUUGCUACAGUGUCAUUUAAAAGCAGUUUUAUAUUUUCUUGACAGCAGUUUGAAAUGCGUGACUAAAGGCAACAUCAUAGCUGUUGGUAGUUGUCGAGUUUUAAUUUCUGUUUGAACGUUCAGGCCCAAGUUCGAGACUUUCCAAACUGACGGGACCAAACGAAGUUGUCUAGACGUUUCAUAUCAUCAGAACAGACGGAGAAUAUACCAACAUGUUCGCCAGACUGAGGAUCAGAAGUUUUGAAAACUUUUACAGUUUGUUAUUAUUUGUAUCUUUGGGCAUUUUUGGGAGAAUCACUUCUCCUUCCAAAAUAAAAUCCAGUUUUUACAACGACAGUAAAUAGGACUUAGUUUACAAGCGUCCAGCUGCCUGUUUAAUGAGAUCGCUUCAAAUCAGAUCGCAUAAUUAAUCAAUACUGAGCUGCAAAUUGACAACAUCUGUGAAAUCUCACUGUUUUCAUAAGAAAAAACUUGUUUUAAUUAUAAAUAUUCUUUGGCUCCUUACAUUUGCCAUCAAUGCAGAGUUUAUCAACCUGGAGAGGAGAUUUUCAGUUCAUUGAUAACUCUUAUUUAAAGAAAGUUGUAUUGAUUGAUUAAUUCAAAUUUAUGGGGUAAAAAGGCUUUGAACGUUGAGUAUAGCGAUCUCUUUCUGUAGGUCGAUCAGUAACACAACCCUUUUCACUCCAUCAGUUGUUAACAAAACCUACUGAUUAGUGCUGCUUUUAAAUCCACCAAUGUUUUCAGUGUUUUCUAUAUAAUCAAUCUGGAGCUGCCUCCAUGUCCUAAAGUUCAUGUUACAAAACAAGCAAUUAGUCUAUUGAUUUGUUGAUCAAGAGAAAAUUAAUCCUUCUUCAUUUUGAAAAUCUGCCAUCAAUAAAGGCACUAAUUAGGUAAAUACACCCCAAAUUUAACCAAUCAAUUUUCUUUUAAUAAAUCAAAACAUUCUGAUUUUGUGUGAAAAAUAAGCAACUUCAAGACAUUAAUAAGACUCUUGAGAAAUUUGUGACAGGCAUUAUUUGUGUAUUUUGAAAGAUAAGAAUUUAUAGAAAAAAGGAGCAAUGCGCACUGCAUGCUCCAAACAUGAGGUGGUUUUUAAAGCCCUUUAAGCUCCAAAAUGAAAUGAAAACCAAACUUAAAAAAGAAAGAAAGAAAAUUACUAACCAGCUUUAGACAGAACCACUUGAUUUAGGACUUAAAAUAGAAAAACUGAAGUUAAAAAUUCAUUCUUGACUGCAGAAAUUGUAGUUUAGGAAUUAAAAUGUUAACUCAAAGUUCACUUACUAGCUUCAUCUGGAACUUUCAGUGGUGGGAGCAAACUCCGUUCACUGAUGAAAGCUGUGCAAAAUGAUUAAAUCCUCUGUAAUAGCUAGUAUAACAUUUUCUUAACUACAAUUCCCAGGGUCAACAAACAACCGUCAGCCUUAUUAAUUCAGAUGUGGGGUCCCAGAUUUGGAAUAUUAAUAAAUAUAUUCAUAACUGAUUAGUGUAUUCAUCAUGCUUUUGAUUACAAAGUUACAAAUUAUUUUUAUAUAUAACUUAUAUGAAGGGCUUUAAACUAAGAUCAAAUGACAUAAAAACAUAUACUAAAUCAGAAAACAAAUGUUCAGUUAAUCUUCUGACCUUUAGAGUCUGAUUUCUUGAAGCUGCUUUUUAAAAAUACCAAACAAGUUUUAAGAAAAAAGAUUAAGUGGAAAUGUAAGUAUUUGUAAAGUAUCAAGAUAAACCUGAGCUAAAAGUGAACAGGUUGAGAAACUCUGCAUUAGUUAAGUCUGUGAUUGAAGAAGUGAUGAUGAUGAUGAGGAGGAUGCACUGAGGAGCUGUAGGUCUGAAAAAGGAAGUCCUAAAAAUGUUCUGGUGAUUAAUGCUGAACUUUUGCUGAGAAAGUGCAUGAGCGACUGGAGACUGAACUGCAUGAUCAUAACGUUAAAGUACACGAAUGCCGGUAAUAUAUUUUCCUCAUACAAACAACAAUAAUAAUACUGCAUUGUUUAUCUUUACAGAAGAUCCUUAUUAUUUAUGUUCAGCUGGUUGUUUUGGCUCCAACGAGGCCCAGUUUGACACUCGUCGCUCCGCUCUCGUCCUGACUUACAGCCACUGCAGGAGACAUAAUUAGGAACACAUGAUUAUGGAGCUGUUCACGUUGUGUCAUUUUUUUGUAUUUGCUGCAGUUUGUCAUUUCUUGGUGAGGCAUAGUCUGUAACCUAUGCAAGGUUAGUCGAUGUUUACUGUAUGUCCAUCCAUUCUGAUUUCAUCAUAGUUUCAAUAAAUUUUGAAAAGGAUGAC